AGGCCAAAUUUAAGUUUCUAGAGAAAGACACAUCGAUUUAGCGACUCAUCACUUCUUGAACAGCCAACUUUCUUUCUUUUUCCUUUUUCCUUUUUCCAAUUUUUACAUUACUAUUUAUCCUUCACAUAUUUUUAAUAUUCCCGCCUCCUGCCCGUCACCGCCACGACCCUACGCUCACUCUACCACCGUCGGCAUGUCUUAUUCUCCUAUUUCUUCUUCCUCCAUUCUCAAACCUCUCUCUUCUUCUUUCCGUUUCCUUUCAUCUGCCGCCCAUGACUCCGCCCACCUCACAAUCCAAACUUCCAUUCCCUUCACCGCUCACAAAUGCGAGCCACCAUCGCGUUCCGUGGACACCAGUCCCAACGAGUUACUUGCUUUCUUUCGGGAAAUGGCACUUAUGCGACGCAUGGAAAUCGCCGCCGACUCGCUUUAUAAAGCCAAAUUGAUUCGAGGAUUCUGCCAUCUCUACGACGGUCAGGAAGCAGUGGCUGUUGGAAUGGAGGCUGCAAUCACCAAGAAGGACGCCAUUAUCACUGCUUAUCGGGAUCACUGCACCUUCCUCGGCCGUGGGGGAACGCUUCUGGAGGCAUUCGCCGAACUCAUGGGCCGUCAAGUUGGGUGCUCUAAAGGAAAAGGGGGUUCGAUGCAUUUCUAUAAGAAGGACGCUGUGUUCUAUGGCGGGCAUGGAAUAGUGGGGGCUCAAGUGCCCUUGGGAUGUGGCUUGGCUUUUGCUCAGAAGUACUCGAAGGAGGGUACUGUGACCUUUGCUCUUUACGGCGACGGUGCGGCAAAUCAGGGCCAGUUGUUCGAGGCGCUCAACAUAUCUGCUCUUUGGGACUUGCCGGUAAUUUUGGUCUGUGAGAAUAAUCAUUAUGGUAUGGGAACUGCAGAGUGGAGAGCAGCCAAGAGUUCAGCCUAUUAUAAGCGUGGUGACUAUGUUCCUGGACUGAAGGUGGAUGGCAUGGAUGCCCUUGCUGUCAAGCAAGCUUGUAAGUUUGCCAAGGAGCAUGCGUUAAAGAAUGGACCCAUUAUUCUCGAGAUGGACACCUACAGGUACCAUGGUCAUUCUAUGUCUGAUCCUGGAAGUACCUACCGCACACGUGAUGAGAUUAGCGGUGUGAGACAGGAACGUGAUCCAAUUGAAAGGAUUAGAAAAUUGUUAUUAUCUCAUGAGAUAGCCACCGAAAAGGAUCUGAAGGAUAUUGAGAAGGAAAUGAGAAAAAAAGUAGAUGAAGCCAUUGCUCAAGCCAAGGCAAGUCCAAUGCCAGAUGCGUCAGAACUUUUCACAAACGUGUACGUGAAAGGAUUUGAAACUGAGGUGUUUGGAGCAGACCGAAAAGAAGUCAGGGGUGUUCUUCCAUAAGUAAGACAAGAGUUAGCAUUGUAUAGACGACCUUUUCACACGAAUGCAGUAUACCAACGAAACCAAAACCUUAUGGUGAAAAAAUACAGAAUAACAAACAUGUUUUUCUUUUCCAUGUUCAUGGAAACCACUCUCUGGUUGUAUAUGAUUUGGAUCUUUUGAAAUAUAGGUUUGGUCCUUUUAAGGUUCCUGAAUAUCUAAUAAAAGGAAGAAAAAAUCCUGUAUUAAUACCUACCUUGUAUCACUUAUUCCUUAAGUUACAUUACUUCACUUGUACAUAAUCAAAAUAAAGUUUUUCAUGGGGAGAAUUGCCCAAUCA